ACUAGUCCUGAAACUGGUAUUUUUUGCAGUGUGACGGCUCUCUCGGUCCUCCCAGCACUUUCCCGUCAGUUACAGCUACGAGGUAGUUCAGUAUAAAAACAGCUGCCAGGGAAAAUAAGUUCAAAUCACAGAAGUUUUAGAUUCUCGAAGUUUACUUUAGAGUUUUCUUGAAAGGAUCAACAGACCUCACUGCGUAACGGUGAUGCGCCUCAUCCAAAAACUUUACCACACUUAGUGUAGUCUAAGAUUCUUUUUUUUCUGUUUGUCUGUUGUUGUUUUUUAAUCAUAAUUUGUAUUUUUUGAGGAUCAACACAUUUUUGCAUAUCUCGUUUAACAUUUGUGGAGAUGGCAGAGGGAGACUUUUACACGAUGGGGAACCGGCAGCGGUUUCCUCGAGAUCCGUUUGGAGAGUCGCCGUUCAGGGACCAGUCUCCCUUCAGGGAGCAGCUGUCGUCCCGGUUUAUGGAGGACGACUUCGGGAUGCCGCCUUUCCCCGACGAUCUGGGGAUGGACUGGCCCGGGUGGGCUCGGCCGGGCCGGCUGAGCACGCGUCUCAGCACGUCGCCCUUCGGCGGCGGCGGCGGCUUGCGCCCCGGCUUCGCCCCCACGGGGCGUCAGUCCGCCGGAGGCCCCGCGCUGUACAGCAGCAGGUUCGGGGAGCCCGGCUCCCGCAGCCCGCCCACCAGCACCGGGGGCGAGCCCUGGAAGGUGUGCGUGAACGUCCACAGCUUCAAACCGGAGGAGCUGAACGUAAAGACGAGGGACGGAUUUGUGGAGGUGUCGGGAAAGCACGAAGAGAAACAGGAGGAAGGAGGCAUUGUGACGAAGAAUUUCACAAAGAAGAUUCAGAUCCCCACGGACGUGGAUGCCCUGACGGUCUUCGCCUCCUUGUCCCCCGAGGGUGUCCUCAUCAUCGAGGCCAGACAGACGCCGCCGUACUGCCUCGUUAGCGGCGAAGGCUCUCAGGGAGGCGAAAUGCAGGAGCUGGAGCUUCCUAAACCGCAAGAGGCCGCCGCCGUCUAAACCAACAUCUCCCGCCGAACGCAUCAACCGGAAAAAUCAGUUAUGAAUUUGAUGUCGAAUGUUGUUUGAGACCUGAGAUUAAUCUGUAAAAUGCACCACGUCACGAGAGGGAAGUUCUGUUGAUGUCCAUAUUUUUUUUUUUUUUAUACAGAAAAGCCUCGUCCUCCCACGAACAGAUGCACCAGUUCACUAAAUUGUAUUUCACUAUUUCACCUAAAUAUUCUGAAUUAUUUGACAUUUUUGUCAAUAAAACUUGUAAAAGGCAUUAUCACAGUUUUCCCAGAAUCCACGGCGUGGCUUGGUUGGGUUGUUGUAUUGGUAUGUUUUGCUUCAUUGGAAUAAAAAUGCUAAAAUAAAGUCAUACGCUUUCAAAAGGGACACGAGAACCUGAUGGUUUUAGGUAUGAAGUUUCACUAUGGUACUAAUCACCGUUCUGAAUAGUUGCUGUCUUACACUGAGUUCUCUUUUAAGUUAUAUUGUAAUAUUCUGUGUGAAUCAGCUUAAUCAGGACUCUUACUUCACUACUUGUCUAUCUUCCCAAAGUGUCUCUUACUAUUAUAGUCUAUUACUAGUUUACUUUAGUUUUUGUAAGUGUAAAAUGAUAUGACUAUAAUGAUGGCACUGACUUUCUUUCAUAAUAAAGAUUUUUUUUUUAAAUUUAAA